GAGACUUGAACCACCGUCUUUAACUCAUCAGGUAAUCAGGGAUUAGGCACGUAGGUGUGUAGGGGUAAAUUAUAAUACCAAUGGCCUCUUCUGCCAUCAAUGCCUUAAUCAAGGAAUAUUUUGUUCAGCAUUAUCCAGCAGUUGCUAAAGCUUUUAAGAAGGACUCCGCGUUAAUCGAUGAGGCAAAAAGGGAACACUUAUUUAAGCAAAGCAAUCUUGAGGUACUCAUAUGUAACUCCAAUCCAAAACGAAAGCGCGAUAAUAGUGUAUCCAGCAAUUCUGGAUCGCUUCAUCGUGGUCUAAAAGAAGCUCCUUCCAAAGUGCCACAUGUAGAAUCCAAGAAAGCACCCAUGUUAGAUAGUUCUGAUUCGGAGGCGUCUGUUUCCAUAAAAGCUCCUAAGGGAGUGUCGAGAAAUGUUUCGGAGACAGAUAGGAAAUCUGUCAGCAAUACGCAACGCCAGAUGACCAACAACAACCAAGCCCACAGUGUUCCUUUAAAGGGUACGGAAGAUGGAUCUUAUCGCCGCUUUCAACGAAUAGAUCCAACUAAAGUAGAAUUUCAUGCAGAGGUUCUGCGCGAUAAUCGUCCUGGAUCUGAACAUAUGGUCUUGAAACAAAAUCAGGAGAUGAUGCGAGUAAAGGGGAAGAACUUUAACAAACUGAAGCAAAAAAACAAAGGAAAGUUCUACGGCGUAGGCGUAGAUUUUUCAGUGCGCUCCUACCAGUUUCCUGAUAGUGAUGAGGACUAAAUUACUGUCAAUAUUUUUUUUAAAUUGAAUUGGGUAGUAACUUCAAAGUGAAACUAUUAAGAAGAAUAAUUUAGGACUUCAUUUAGUAAGUAGUUUUACCAUGGAAGUCGAUGAAGUCCAUUGAAUUAAGUUUAAUCCUAUCUAGUUACGUUUAAAUAUCUUAAACCCUCUUUUAAUCCGUACAUGACAAAAAGGAAGAGCUAUAAAAAGAAGUCAUUAA